UGACGUGGUCAACCAGGUUGGCAUGUGCAAGACCAAAAGACGACUUUGGUCAGUCAAGCAAGGCCUGGUCCUCGGGACCGACCUGUACUAUGUAGCGUGCGGCAUCCGUCGUUCAUGCUUGAUCGAUUGCAUGCACAUGACCUCGUCGAUGGCCGAGACUGUGUUGGCCGCAUUGACAAACGAAUUUCCAGCAUUUGAACAUGUCGUUGCCAUGUCGGUCGACGACAACAUGUUCUUUGUGCAUCGCGUGCAUUUCGUCCAAGCCAAACUCGUCGACAUUGCAUACGGCUUCACCAACCUCUACGUCGUUGACGUCAACAAGACGCACGUCGACGAGGUUCCUCAUAGGCUGUCGGAUUCAACUGUGAUCAUGCACUUCCUGCAGUUGGUAGUUCGAACUCUGACUGAGCAGUCUCGACCAACAAUCGCCCUACCUGCCGUUGGGACCCCAUCGCACACCGCCGUGGCGGGGCUAUUUCUAAACUACCCCGUCAUCUACUCGUUGGAUACCAAUGGUACAUGUGGCGAGAAUACACUUGCGAUGCAACCUCUGGUUGUGUUUGAGCUCGUGCUAACCAGUCUUCGCACUGGCCAGUCGUCGUCGCUUCUCAAGUACUCGCUACCACAGGCUUUGCUCGUUAAACGAGGCAACCACGUGGGCCUGUUGCGUGCCCACUUGCUAGUUGCUUGCCCAAGGAAGCGCGCUGACGUCGUCGAAGUCUAUCCUCUGUCAAGUUGGACGGUCCAUGUAUCGUACAUCACGUUGCCAUUGGUCGCAUUAUAACUCUAAUUCGAUUGUCGUUCAAAUACAA